AUGGCCGACACACUCAAGUUUCAUCCCGCUUUGACCAUCACCAAUGUUAAGUCCCUUAUUCCCAUUACAUUGGAUAUGGAGCAUGGUAUGUAUCACUCUUGGGCGGCUUUAUUUACGGUUCUAGUUAGGGUUCAUGAUCUUCACCACCACAUCAUUCCUCCUACGGAGGAAACGGAGGUCGCCGCCUAUGCCGCAUCCAAAGCAAAAGACCUUGUCUUAUGGAAGCGCGUAGAUGUCGUGGUUCUUCAAUGGAUAUACGGGACAAUAUCCACCGACCUCCUCCAUGCUAUUUUACUCAAAGACGACACUGCUCAUGGUGCAUGGGCCCGUCUCGAAUCUUUGUUUCAGGACAACGAAGCUUCUCGCGCCACUCAUCUUGAAGAAGACCUUGCUGCCCUUGAUUUCGAGAAUUUUUCGUCUAUUGAUAGCUACUGUAAUCACAUAAAAUCAUUAGCCGUCCGCCUUGCCGAUGUUAGUUCUCCUCUUUCUGACGGUCGGUUGGUUCUUAAACUCACGGCUAGGCUCCCUGAGGCCUACGCCGGCACCGUCGACUACAUCCAGAACCAAGAGCCUCUCCCCUCUUUUGAAAGUUGUCGCUCUCGACUCAAGCUUGCUGAACGGACGAUCAAGCAUCGUCUCGCUAAGGAAGGGGGGUCUAGCAACCGCUCCCAGGCGGCUCUGGUCACCGGUUCCGGCGGCACCCCUAGUCCCGACCUCUCCUCUUCAACUUCACGUCCCAACUCCAAAAACAACAAACAAAAGAAACCUAACUCUAAAGGUUCUUGCAAAGGGCGACCUCCUCAUGGUCAGCCCACUCAAACCGGGCCCCCUUCUUAUUGGCAGCAGCCUCCUUGGGCUUCUUGGGCUCCAUGGCCCAAUCAGUGGCACACGCCCCCUCCGUGCCCAUAUCCAACUACGUCGUGGGCCCCACGGCCUACUGCCCAGCACCUUCUACCUCGGUCUGCUGGCCCAGGAAUUAUGGGCGCUCGUCCGCAAGCUUAUCCCGUCAUGGCUCCCUCCUACACUCCCACGGACGCGGAAGCUGCUAUGCACACACUCUCAUUUUCUCAACCGGACGGAAAUUAUUACAUGGACACUGGUGCUACAUCUCACAUGACUGCGGACCAAGACGGGAACCAAACUCGUGAGAUGUGA